AGAUGACCAUGAGUCACGAAACGCGACUUGUGUGUGGGUGAGUGUGUAACUAACACGGAGAAACAACAUCCCACCACUAACCAUCACUAAGUAUAUAUCCCCUCUCCUUUAUAAAGGAGAAGGCACGAUGACAUUGUUUGCAGUUCACGGAAUUGAUAAAUUUGUAUCAGUAAGUUUUACGAAUUCAAUUAAAAAAGUACAUUAUAUCAUGAAAAUUGAAACAGAAUAAAUAUUCCCUAGCAUGACGAGCGGUUUUACAAGUUCAUCCGAAAAAUCAUUUUAAGAUAGAAGAGAAAACGCAGAACGUUAGCCUUGAAGUCACUUUCAAUUACAAGUCAAACGAUUUUUUUAAAGAGUUGCCUAUUGUUGGUAUUGAGAGUCGAGAUUGAGCCCUGCUGCAUUCCAAUUGCACAAAAUGGAGGUGUCAACAAAUGAUUAACGUCUGAAAUUAUUCAAAAUUUUUCUUCAAUUGUGUAUACCAAAAAAAUAUGACUAUUAUACCGAUAGAUCGUUGAAUUUUUGAAAGGUAAGAUCGCCAUUGCGUCUUCUGUCAAUUUGCGCAGUUAACUGAUCAUAGAAUUACAUUGAAUGUACACAUUCUUUUAUUCUUUUCUCAACACAUCAUUGUACGGUAACGUGUCAUAUUUAUAUAUCGAGCUAUUUAUAUGUUACAUUUGUAAUAGUUUACAAUUUGCCGUUUUAUUCGUCGUGUACACUGUAGUUAUUGUAUUUUUCAUUCCAUUAAAUUGUAGCGGCCCAUGGCCGUAGAGAAAGUUCCAGGGUUGAAGCCCAUGUGUUGACCAUAUGAUCUGCGAAACGACGUCCGAGGACAGGUCAUUGUAAAAGAAUAAAUCCUGGGACUUACUAAAAGACCCAUGGACCUUCGAAAGGAAAAUUUAUCGUUUUAUUGUCUGCGGGUUUUUCCAUCCCCACCUCGGAAGAAAACUCUCUCCCCCGAGGACCUCGGCACCCUAUAGAAAGGGAACCGAGGAAAAGUUCGGGAUAAUCGAUCUUAGUCCAUCGUAGUCGGUAGCCGAAAGCAGUUGGCGUAUAUAGUAUUCAGUGUAUAGUCAUCGUUUGAACUCCACGCGCGUCCAUUAAACCAAUCCUGAUCACUUUUAAUUUUUAAUAGUAAGAAGUAUUUGCAAUAUUAUAGGACUAACAUUGUUGAAUCGCAUCAUGAGUAAAUUUUGGAAAGAACAUAAAUUGGAAACAACUGGACCUGCUAUCAUGAAAAGCCUCGAUAUGAUGUGUAUCUGUAACAGAGAUAUGUACUAUUCCGCCCAUGAUUCCAUGCAUGGAAAAGGAAUACGUAUGAAAUGUCAGUGCAAUCAACCCAGAAGUUUCUUAUUGAUAGACGGGCAAGAAUACCUCAGAGUUAACAAUGCGGAAGAGUUCAUGGGAGAAUUAAAUUGCAGUAAAGAUCUGGAAGUAAAAGUGGUGUCGAUUUUUGGAAACACCGGUGAUGGCAAGAGUCACACAUUGAAUCAAAUAUUCUUCAAAGGACAGGAAGUAUUUGAGACUUCGAAUGAUCAAAAUUCAUGUACAUUAGGUGUUUGGGCUGCAUUUGAUCCAGUUCUUAGUGUGAUAUGUUUGGACACAGAAGGUUUAUUAGGUAUUACUUCUCAUGAGAAUGAAAGGACAAGGCUAUUACUUAAAGUCCUUGCUGUAUCUGACAUUGUUGUAUAUAGAACACAAUCUGAAAAACUGAAUAGAGAUUUAUUUACAUUUCUUGGUACUGCUUCAAGAGCAUACAGUCAUCAUUUUCAAGCUGCCUUGCAAGCAAUAGGACAGAGGAAAGGAGUUGAAGGCUCUUUGAGUACCCUGGGACCAAGCAUUAUAGUAUUACAUGAGACUAAAUACACCAAACCUCUGACCAACAAUGGUGUAGAAAAUGCGGAAGACAUUCUUCGAACACGGUUUGCUCAAAUGAAGCUCGAAAUGGAAGCAUUUAGUUCCAUCAAAUACGUUGGUAUACAAACAACAAAUUUCACGACUGAUUAUGAACUUUUGCAGACUACUAUUAAGAAAGAAUUGUCUAAUACUACUGUGCGAUCUCCCAGAAAGCCAUAUUUAGUUUAUAAUACAUUAAAAAUUUUAAACGAGAAAUUUUCUGAAGAAAUUGAGAAUUUUUCUAUUUUGUUUCCUGAUCAAUAUUUUACCUGUCCUACUAAAUGUCUUAGCUGUGGAUCUAGGUGCAACAAUAGUAUGGGACAUCUUUUAGAAGGAAAACCUCAUAGUAACAAUAACAGGUGUCGAUAUCUUCAUCAGUAUGAAAACAUAGUAUAUAUAUGUAGAAAAUGUUAUAGUAAUGGAAAUGAAGUACAAGUUAUGAAACGAAUUCAAGUUCAAAAUGAUAAUAGUUGGUAUGGAUUAGUUAAAUAUGCAUGGUCAGGAGAUGUGAUAGAAUGUCCAAAUUGUGGAGAAAUAUAUCGGAGUCGUCAGUAUUGGUAUGGUAACAAAAACCCUGAAGAUUCUGCUAUUCGUACAGAGAUCAUGCACGUGUGGAACAUGCCAAAUAAUUCAGUUGCAUCUCAAAACACAGCACAAAGAGUAAUCGACGGUGUAUCGUACCUUACUGAAGCUGUAACCAAUGUUUCGUUACAACCGACAAAAGUUCUUUCGGCGUGGGUUGCAGAUCAGGUAGCUCCAACUUAUUGGAGACCUAAUAACGAAAUUAAAAACUGCCAUAAGUGUCAAACGGCAUUCGGCCUGACCGAUACGAAACACCAUUGUCGAGCAUGUGGCGAAGGUUUCUGUAAUCAGUGUUCGUCUAAAACGAAGUGUGUCCCAUCUAGAAAUUGGUAUACACCAGUACGAGUCUGUGAUAUCUGUUAUCAUAAGGAUGAACCUACUGAAUUUUCGGAAGAUGUUAACGCUAGGAAAGUAACUGAACAAGUGGUGUCUACUUUGAGUGCAGUUGUGUUUAUCAAAGAUACAGUUCGACCGUCUUAUUGGGUCCCCGACUCGGAAAUCGUUAAUUGUUGUGUAUGCCAUCAAAAAUUUUCCAUGUCUCUUACUUUACAUCAUUGUAGGGACUGUGGACGUGGAGUAUGUCAAGAUUGCUCGCAGCAUCGUAAACCCGUACCGCAUAGGGGAUGGGAUAAUCCAGUUCGUGUUUGCGAUUCGUGCAUAAAAAUAGCCUAAGAAACAUUGACGAAACAUUGAUAGAGCAUUAAUCUGUUUAAAAUAUCGUUUCAUCUACACAAUAUACAUUGAUGAAUUAAAUACCUCAAUGAUGAAGAUAUAUUUUUUCUCAGAUUUUGUACAAGUUGCUUGCAAUUCAUAAACAUUUAUGUAACUUUUACUUUACCUUUAGUAUAUUGAAAUUCUUUGCCAUUGUAAGAGUGAAAGAAAGAAAAAAAAGAAAUCAAUAUUUUAAUACAGUACUGUAAAAAAACGUUUCCUAUGAAUUGUGCCAUGAGUGUACCUGUCUCUUUUAUAAAAUGUGUUUUCAGAGAAUGACAGUAAUAUAAUAUUAGAAAAAUAACCCUGUAUGAUAAAUGAAACAAUCCAUUACAAAAAAUUAUAAUAUAUUAAUAGGGUAGGUGGUCCAGUACAUUCUAGCAUUAUAUGCAGUAGCAUAAUGUAAUAACGCAAGCAUCUUUGUUGAAUUGAGAUUGUUGUCCUUAUUGCAGUUUACUGGGCUGCGACUGUUUUUAGAUUCCAAAACAAGCAUUUAUCCUUUUAUUAUAAUGCUCCGUACCUGUUACAGUCUUUUAUAAUUUAUAUAUGAACAUUGCUUUCUGACGAUAAUGUAACAAAAGAUGAAAUAAAUUCUUUAGAUUUAA